AUGGAUCGCCCCAAGAAACCAUCCGCUCUCUCUGCCACUCCAGGUCUUGCACCCCACGCUCAAAUAAACACUACUCAUUCCAAUUCCCGCGUCUCUGCCGUCCUCCCCACCGGGGAAUCCAUCGAGAUCCUUCUCUAUGGCGCCACAGUCUUGAGCUGGAAAGAUGCUGCCGGAACCGAGAGACUCUGGCUUAGCGAAAAAGCUGUACUUGAUGGCACAAAAGCUGUGCGCGGUGGUAUCCCUCUAGUGUUCCCGGUAUUCGGAAAAGUCGAGGGCGAGGAAGGUAAAGCGAAGGGUGUCGAUACAUUACCCCAACACGGUUUCGCGCGCAAUUGCAGAUGGGAGUUUUUGGGAAAGAGUACAAGUGAAAGUAAUAGCAUCAAGGGACGGGAGGGUGGUGAUAGUAGUGUGAAGUUGGAUUUUGGACUGAGUGCGAGUAAUUUACCGGAAGAGACGCGGAAGUUGUGGGGUGGUGAGUUCGGAUUGAUUUACAGUGUUACGCUUGGUAGAGAGGGUCUCGGAACGAGUAUGGUGGUCAGAAAUGAGGGUACCCAGGCUUGGGAAUUUCAGAUCUUGAUGCACACUUAUUUGAAGAUCCAGGAUAUCUCCCAAAUCUUCAUCACUGGUCUCGAGAAUGCCACGUACAUCGACAAACUCACCGAACCCAUCUCCACAAAUACCGCUCCGACCAAUCCUCUCACCAUCUCGGCCAAAACCGAUCGCGUGUACACUCCAGCCGGUGGCCCAUCCACAGAGAUAAUUGUGACCGAAGGUGGAAAAAAGAAAUUCACAGUCGCCAGAGAUAACAUGAACCAAGUCGUUGUAUGGAACCCAUGGAUCGACGCCAAAGACAUGGGAGACUUUGCACCGAAGGAUGGAUGGAGAACCAUGAUUUGUGUCGAGGCCGGUGCCGUGAGCGGAUGGCAAAAAUUGGAUGCGGGAGAGACUUGGGAGGGCGGUCAAAUUAUUACAACGGCUAAUUAG